GUUUUGCAAUGUGGACCAAUGAAACUGUUCCAUCUGUCGAGUCACGUGGUACAAGCCGGCAUUUACACUACCAACAUCACUAUUGCAGAGGACACGUCCAAGAUGAAAACGUGUGUUUGUUUGCUCCUUUUGGUGGGAGUUGUCCUGUCAGACCCAACAGAGUUCUUCAGGGAAGAAUUCGACUCAGAAAGCUGGCGGGACAGAUGGGUGGAGUCCACAUUUAAAGGAGCAGACCAGGGUAAAUUUGCCUGGACAGCUGGAAAAUUCUAUGGAGAUGCAGACAAAGAUAAAGGUAUCCAGACAUCUCAGGAUGCUAAAUUCUAUGGAAUUUCUUCCAAGCUGGAAAAACCCUUUAGCAAUGAAGGGAAACCACUGGUUAUCCAAUUCACAGUAAAACACGAACAAAACAUUGACUGUGGGGGUGGAUACAUCAAGCUUUACCCUAAAGAUCUUGAUCAGAAGAAACUCCAUGGAGAUUCUCCAUACUUUGUUAUGUUUGGACCUGAUAUUUGUGGACCAGGCACCAAGAAGGUUCAUGUCAUUUUCAACUACAAAGGAAAGAACUUGCUUUGCAAGAAAGAAAUCCGUUGUAAAGAUGAUGUCUUCACUCACUUGUACACUCUUAUUGUCAAUCCUGAUAACUCCUAUGUGGUCAAGAUCGAUAAUGAGAAAGUAGAAAGUGGACAACUUGAGGAGGACUGGGACUUCCUUCCACCAAAGAAGAUCAAGGAUCCAGAAGCCAAGAAGCCCGAUGACUGGGAUGAGCGUGAAAAGAUUGAUGACCCUGAUGACAAGAAACCAGAGGACUGGGACAAGCCUGAGCACAUCCCCGACCCAGAUGCUAAGAAACCCGACGACUGGGAUGAUGAGAUGGACGGAGAAUGGGAGCCACCCCAGAUUGACAACCCAGAGUACAAGGGAGAAUGGAAACCAAAGCAGAUUGAUAACCCUGAUUAUAAAGGAAAAUGGGUCCACCCUGAAAUUGAUAACCCAGAAUACACCCCCGAUUCCAACCUGUACAAAUAUGACGACAUUGGUGCCGUUGGAUUUGAUCUUUGGCAGGUGAAAUCAGGAACAAUCUUUGAUAACAUCUUGGUCACUGAUGAUGAAAAACAUGCUGAGGAGGUUGGCAAAGCAACAUGGGGAGCAACAAAAGAUCCAGAAAAGAAGAUGAAGGAUGAACAGGAUGAGGAAGAAAGAAAGAAGAGGGAAGAGGAGGAGAAGAAGAGGAAAGAGGAAGAAGACAAGAACAAAAAAGAUGAUGAUGAUGAAGACGAUGAUGAAGAGGGUGGUGAUGAUGAUGAUGAGAAGAAGGAUGAUGAAGAUAAAGUGAAGGAUGAGUUAUAAUGCACCAGCUGUGUUAGGAUAUAUGAGUACAAUCUGCAGCAUAUAGACAGACCAAUUGGGCAACAUCAUAAUACCUCUUCAUUGCUCACUACACAAUUCCAUUACUCAUGAUCGUCCAGUUAUGAAUGUGAUUGAGUAACUGACUUAGUAUGCCUGUAUCUGAAUGGGGAAGCGUGAUUGUGGAUGCAUGUGUGAAUUGAGUGUUUUAAUGUUAGAUGGAAUAUUGUUUUCUACUCUGGGGACUUUAUUUAUUAUUUUCUAUUCAUGUGUUUUUUUUCAGCAGAUAGCUUUACUUAAUUAUGUGAAAAAAUCAAAGCUUGGUUGCCCAUCUUUUCAUUUCCAUUGUUACUGAAAUUGAAAUGUGUUGUUAAGUAUGAAUUAUUCAUGAGAAUUGAAUAAAUGUGGGGUUUUUAUAUUUAAA